GCCCCAGGCUGUAAAUUAAAUCCGCGCAAAGGUAGAAAUGAACACAAAGCUCUCAGAUUGGAAGCUGUCCAGACGGCCGCCUGGAGCAGGGGCACAGCCCACUGCCGUUCAGGGCCUCAGCCAGGGCUCUCGCACCGCGGACACUUGGCAGUUACUGGAAAGUCAUGUAAGGCUUUCCUGUUGAUUCUUUAUCUUGUGGAGGAGUUGCACACUCAAUGCCUUGUUCCAGAUUAAUCAUUUUCCCUGUUGCCGAUGACUGAGGCUGUUUCUCACGUCCUGCCCCUGGUUUUGCCUGUCCCAAGGAUUUCGUCUGAAGGGCGGGACAUUCCCCCGGCCUCCCGGCACCACAACCGGAGCCUGCGGUCAGGACCAAUGAAAGCGAAGUACCUCAUCCACUCAGUGACUAAGAAUCGCAGUAUUUAAGAGGUAGCAGGAAUGGGCUGAGGGUGGCUUUUGCUUUCUCCACAGAAGGGCACACUUCCAUCUAAUUUGGGGUCUCACUGAGCUGAAGACAAAGAGAAGGAGGAGAAAACCCAGCAGACCACCAUGUGCUACGGCAAGUGCGCCCGAUGCAUCGGACAUUCUCUGGCGGGGCUCGCCCUCCUCUGCAUUGCAGCGAAUAUUUUGCUUUACUUUCCCAAUGGGGAAACAAGGUAUGCCUCCGAAAACCACCUCAGCCGCUUCGUGUGGUUCUUUUCUGGCAUCGUAGGAGGGGGCCUGCUGAUGCUCCUGCCAGCAUUUGUCUUCAUUGGGCUGGAACAGGAUGACUGCUGUGGCUGCUGUGGCCAUGAAAACUGUGGCAAACGAUGUGCGAUGCUUUCUUCUGUACUGGCUUCUCUCAUUGGAAUUGCAGGAUCUGGCUACUGUGUCAUUGUGGCAGCCCUGGGCUUAGCAGAAGGACCACUAUGUCUUAAUUCCUUCGGCCAGUGGAACUACACCUUUGCCAGCACCGAGGGCCAGUACCUUCUGGAUACAUCCACGUGGUCCCAGUGCUCUGAACCCAGGCAUGUUGUGGAAUGGAAUGUGUCUCUGUUUUCUAUCCUCUUGGCUCUUGGUGGAAUCGAAUUCAUCUUGUGUCUUAUUCAAGUAAUAAAUGGAGUGCUUGGAGGCAUAUGUGGCUAUUGCUGCUCUCGCCAACAGCAAUAUGACUGCUAAAAGAACCACCCCAGGACAGAACCAUAAUCUUCCUCUAUUUCAUUGUAAUUUAUAUAUUUUACUUGUAUUAAUUUGUAAAACUUUGUACUAGUGUAACAUACUCCCCAUAUUCUACUUUUACAAAGGCCUAUAAAAACUGGCAUCUUCACUGGAUGUCAGUGUUUAAAUUUAGUAAACUUUUUUUUGGUUUGUUUUUUAAGGAAUGAGGAAACAAACCACCCUCUGGGGGUUAUUUACAGACUAAGUGACAGUCCUCAGUAUAUCUGAGACAAACUCUUAAUGUUUUGGAUAAAAAUCACAUUCCAAUCACUAUUGUAUAUAUGUGCAUGUAUUUUUUAAAUUAAAGAUGCCUGGUUGCUUUUUAUAAGAAUGAGAAGGAGAAAAUCCAGCAACCUGGAAAGAUUUUUGUUUUCACAGCUUAUAUGAUGUUUCCCAUUAAUAUACUCAUAAAUUUUCUAAUAAGAGGCCUUUUGAACUGCCUUGUGUUCUGUGAGAAACCAAUACUUAAGAGUGGAAGGACUGAUUGAGAAAGUUCCAAUCUAAAUGAAUGCAUCAAAACUUACAAUGCUGCUAGUUGUUGUGAGUACUAUCAGACUCUAAUUUUUCUAACAUAUGAAAGGAAUUUUGUCCUCUAAAGAUGACUAUGAGGGAUCAUGUGUUUUAAAAAAGAAAGGCUAAGAUGAUUGGGCAAGAAGAAAGAUGGGAAGCUGAAUAAAGCAGUUGACCAGCAUCAUGGGAACAGGGGGAGGAGUGAGGGUAAGAGGACUACAAGGAAAUACCCUCAAAACUCACUUGUUUACAACAAAAUAAAGUAUUCACUACCA